CCAGGAAUCGAAACUAUUUCCUGUGACCUGUCAGGAUAUAAAAACCCGACAGUACACCGCUGUGACACACACCUUCAACCCUCCUACAGCCUUGCGGUCUGUUCCUCACACUCAACAUCCUCCGUGUCAGUGUCGGAGUCCCAGCCCGGUCGGGUCCAAGAUGAGCGCUCGGGAAUCGCGCCGUGGAAUCGGACAAAAAGUCGCAGCGGAGCCUCCAGCCCCCGACAGCAGCAAUGCGAAGAAACCGCGACUGCCCAAGCCCCAGAAUGCUGUGACUGUGGCCGUGUCGUCCCACGUCCUCUUCGACAUGGCUCAUGAGAGUAAGGUGUAUGACGAACAGGGGCUCGAGAGCUACGUGAAGUACCAGGUCGAGCGUGAGAACGAACCCCUGAAACCCAGGGUGGCCUUCUCCUUCAUCAAGGCUCUGAUGAAUGUCAAUGCCAGGCUGCGUGAACUCUACCCAGACAGCGAAGAGCUUUUCGACAUCAUCCUCAUGACAAAUAAUCACGCCCAGGUUGGAUUUCGCCUCAUCAACAGUAUUAAUCACCAUGAUCUGCCCAUUGAGAGGUUCUGUAUGACCGGUAGCAGCAGCCCGGUUAGAUACCUGAAAGCCUGCAUGACCAACCUGUACCUGUCCACAGACCCUGAGAAGGUGCAGGAGGCCAUCAAAGAGGGAAUCGCUGCAGCCACCAUGUUCCCGGUGAACAGUGCCAAUGAGCUGAGCGACACCCAGCUGCGCGUGGCCUUUGACGGCGACGGCGUCCUCUUCUCAGAUGAGUCUGAGAAAGUCUUCAAGAAAGAGGGGCUCAAUGGCUUCAUUGAACAUGAAAAGCAGUUUGCGGACAAGCCUCUUGGCCAGGGUCCACUGAAGUGCUUCCUGGAAGAUCUGGCAAAGCUUCAGAAGAAAUUUUACAGUAAGAAUAAACAGGGGAGCUGUCCCAUCCGCACCUACCUGGUGACAUCCCGGGAUGCACCUACCACGGGGAUCCGAGCGCUCAAUACCCUGCGGAGCUGGGGCCUGGAGAUUGAUGAGCUCUUCUUCCUGGCUGGAGCACCCAAAGGGCCCCUCCUGCAGAAGAUUGGCCCGCACAUCUUCUUCGAUGACCAGAUGUGCCACAUUAAGGGGGCCCAGGAGCUGGGAACGACUGCUGCACAUGUGCCUAAUGCAACUAAUUAGAAAAAUGAUAA